UCCUCGGCGUCUCGCUUCCGCUGCAAUCCACCGUGCUCUAUCUCCUUUCCCGGUCCCAGGGGCGGAGCCUCCGCUUGCUCCCGCCUUGAAGAUUCGAUCGUCGCCUGAAUCCUGAUCGGCGGCGGCCAUGGGCUGCGCUGGAUCCACACUCAAAGUUGAUGAGAGCAGUAAGAAUCUAAGGAAGCCUAAGCCUUGGAAGCACACUCAGCCAAUAACACCAGCGCAACUCAAACAGAUGAGGGACGAAUUCUGGGACACAGCUCCACACUAUGGUGGACAGAAAGAGAUUUGGGACGCACUCAGGGCCGCUACAGACGCCGAUUUAACUCUUGCGCAGACCAUAGUGGACAGUGCUGGAAUCAUCGUUUCGAAUCCUGACCUCACGCUUUGUUACGACGAGAGAGGUGCAAAGUACGAGCUGCCCAAUUACGUUCUGAGUGAGCCGACAAACCUGAUCCGUGAUGGUUGAACAAAUAAAAACUCGGCGUCGACAUAAAACGGACGUGCACACGUUUGAGGAGAGUAGUAUAUAAAGCAGAUCGAUCCGUGUAAGUUACGUAAAAUCGUUCAUUUGUCACUGGUUCGGGGUAGUAUUCAUAUCAUAUCGAUGGAAUGGGUCGUAGAAGGUCAUUGGCUAUCAACAGUUAGGCUGCUGGCUAUUGCUAUUUGCUAGGCCCUGUUGCAGGGCUGUUGUAGUCCUUGAGCUGUCUAUAUGUACCCCUUUCCUCUGUCCUGCUGAAGAGAGCUGCACCAGUGGUGUCACUGUGAUUUUGACCUAUGCGUUGCGCUUGCGGGUUGCUCUAUAGCAAUGAUAAUGGGGACAGAGUGCUUGAUUGCUUCUUGAUUUGUC